UCCUCCACAACCUCUUCUCUUUUCUUCUCUUCUCUUCCUCCCCUAUAGAUCUUGGGUGUUCUGCCUUAGGACAUCUCCUUUAUAGAUCUGAGGUUCUGCCGGUUUUCUUUCAGGGUGUCCAGCCUCUGUUUUCCAAGGUUUGAUCUUGGGGUUCUGGUUUCUAGACCCGAAGCUGGAGGAACCUCUGCUGAAAUCAACUCUUGCUCUGAUUUUGAUUUCCGGGGGGGGUUUUGUUCAUGAAUCUGGGUCUUUGAGUUCUCCAUCAAAACCCCAUUUUUCCAUUUGUUUAGAUCUGGGGUGGUUUCUUUCUCCCGAUCUUGAUGCUGAAUGUUUUAUUCUUAACGUUUGAGACUCAUGUCUCCAGUUGUCAGUGAAAUCCUCCGCUCCGGGUUUAUGAUAAAUUCCUCACUCAAACGCAGGACCCACUUAGUUCAAUCUUUCUCUGUUGUGUUCCUCUACUGGUUCUAUGUUUUUUCAUGAACUGUCUCUGAUUUUGGCUUGAUUUUAAAAUAGAUAUUAGUACUGUAUAAAAAUAACUAGUGUUUGGGUCCUGUGUCCUGUGUCCUGUGUCUUCUCGAUCUCUUAGCAAAGUUAUAGUACUGCUGAGAUUGUUAGUGUCUGUGGUAUAAAUAUAGUAUGAUGGCUUCUUCAAGUGGAAACUCUUCAGGAUCAACUCAGCUUCAGAACUCUGGUUCUGAAGAGGAUCUGCAGCAUGUGAUGGAUCAAAGAAAAAGGAAGAGAAUGCUAUCUAAUCGGGAAUCCGCAAGGCGUUCCCGGAUGAGAAAACAGAAGCACCUGGAUGAUCUGAUGGCCCAAGUUGCUCAGCUCAGGAAGGAAAAUAACGAAAUCCUUUCAAGCAUCAACAUCACCAACCAGCGCUACUUGACCGUUGAGGCUGAUAAUUCAAUUUUGAGGGCUCAGGCUAUGGAACUGAGCCACAGAUAUCAGUCUCUCAAUGACAUCCUCAAUUACAUGAACACAAGCAAUGGCGUCUUUGAAACUGAGGAUCUUCACGUCACUGUUGAUCCCUUCAUGAACCCAAUGAACUACCUUUACCUUAACCAACCCAUCAUUGCUUCUGUAGACAUGUUUCCAUACUGAUCCUCCUCCGUGUCAUCAUCAUCAUCAUCAUGGUUGAAAAUGUCCAGUAUAUUGUUUGUCUUGUUCCUUUUUGGUGGUGUUUGUUCAAGGUCCCACUGAGUGGAGAAGAAGAAAAAGAAGGGUGUUUUUUUCCCCUCUUUAUUUUAUUAUUAUUACAUUAGUUUAGGACCGGAGGUAAAUCAGUAUGACAAUCAGACGAUGGCAUGGAAAAAAAUACCCAGUAGUUAAUCUGGCAACUGGGUACUUGGUUUGUAAAUGGGUCAGUCUAUAUAAUAUAUAUAUAUAUAUAUAUAUAUAUGUGGUAUGGAUUGAAGGGCUGCUGAUGUAUUUUGUUUCUCUAUUUAUAUAAUAUGAUAUAUAUCAACUUUCCUCAUUGAUACUGUAGUGAUUUUCUUACCUAAUGUUCUCCUCUUAAUCUCUGUUCUUCUGUUUGACCAUAUGUGAUCAACACAUAAAUUUGUAUUUUACCAUCUUCAAAUAUAUACUUUCCGGUGGUGCUUAUU